AUGGCCAACGGCAGCACAGCUCACCCAGAGCAACAGACCACCAGCAAUUGGGCAGCGGCCUUACAGGCCAAAUUUGAUGCCGCAUGCCAGAGAUUCUGGGAGCGCAUAGGGGAGAAGAACCAGUCUCCCGCUCCAACAUCAGCCACAACGGCACCUCAUCCAACGGCACCACCUCAAGCGCAGCCAAGGCACCCAAACAUGUCGGUAACACCACAGGACGCACAGCACUGCAGCUCAGCAGAGACCUCACCCACCACAAGGCCGCCCAUACUCGUGGCUCCCAUACACUCCAGCAAGCAGGCGACAAAGAGGAGAACGCCAGGUGGCAAUGCAGAAGCAACAAAGGGGCACUAA